GGUACAUGUAUGCCCAGGAUCUUUUUAUUGGGAAUACUACUUAUAGUCACGGCUGCCUCAUCAGCUUUUAUGUAUCCUUUUAUUAGGUAGGAAACAUCACUCGUGAAAAACUUCACGCUAUUCAAUUCGCCCGUUUCAGUUCAUUUUAUUUUGCGAAGCCCGUUAUCAAGAGACCCUAAAUCAGAUGUCUUCUUCAGCCUCGCCGAGUGGCGAAAAACCACAAGAAACAGCAGUUCCAAAAAUCCGCAAGCUUGAUGCUUCUGUGGUCAACCGUAUUGCUGCAGGAGAAAUUAUUGUGCAGCCAGCGAAUGCCCUUAAGGAGAUGCUCGAGAAUUCCAUUGACGCCAACGCGUCAACUAUAGAUGUUGUCGCUAAAGACGGCGGUCUCAAAUGGCUUCAGAUAACUGAUAACGGAAGUGGAAUUCAUUACGACGAUUUAGGGCUACUAUGCGAGAGAUUCGCCACAUCAAAGCUCCGCUCAUUCAAUGAUCUUCUGCUGAUUUCGACGUACGGAUUUCGAGGCGAAGCUUUGGCAUCCAUCUCGCAUAUUUCUCACCUAUCGGUGGUUUCCAAAGUGGCACCUUCUGCCCUUGCAUACAAGUCUUUCUAUCUCAAUGGGAAACUCUGCUCUCCCAAAUUCAAACCUGAACUACUGGCUAGCGCUCCAAAACCUGUGGCUGGAAAAGAUGGCACACAAAUCACCGUGGAAGAUCUUUUUUAUAACCUGAAAUCACGCCUAAGGGCUCUUAAAUCAAAGAAUGAAGAGUGGGUCAAAAUUUUAGACGUUGUGGGUAAAUAUGCCAUUCACACUGAGGGGGUAGGUUUCACCUGCAAAAAAUUCGGAGAUUCUUUACCCGCAGUCUCAACUAGACCUCAAGCACCGCUUAAAGAAAGAGUCCGCACUGUCUUUGGAACAUCUGUCGCAAGUGACUUGAUUGAAUUCGACUUCCCGGGACCCGACUUUGGUUUAGUGAAGUUUAAGGGAGCAGUGUCAGGUUUCAAUUACAAUAACAAGCGUCGAAUUGCGCCAACCUUUUUCAUAAACAACCGGCUUGUUGCUUGUGACCCUCUCAGGAGAGCAAUUCAAAACGUGUUUCUGACUUUUCUCCCAAAGGGAAACCAUCCUUUCGUAUACUUGAGCCUUGAUAUUGAGCCUCAAAAUCUAGACGUGAACAUUCACCCCACCAAAAGAGAGGUGCGGUUUUUGAAUGAAGACGAAAUCAUCGAAUGGAUAAGUGGCCAGCUUAACGACGUCUUGUUUGCCAGGCAAGGUUCACGUACAUUCAAACAAAGCACGUUAAAGAGACUGCCAGAUGGGUUUCCCAUGGAUGAGACCACCAAUACUAAUAAAAAGCAUAAGCAAGUAAACAAAUUGGUCAGGGUGGAUGUUUCACAGCUGAAAAUCAAUCAAUUUGUCAGAAAAGAUUUCGACACAGUGGUAAAUAAGGCCGUGCUACCAAGCUCGGAUCAGACUCUCGAAGAGAGUGUAACCACAGACUCAGACUGUCACGUCCUGACUACAGACUUUGACAAGUCUCAACGCACGUGCUUUGAUGUGCCAAGUGAUUUGGAGAUCAGAAAGCCAAGACAAGAAAUUCAUCUUGACAGUGUGGUGGAGCUACGCGAAGAAUUGAGCCAAAUAAUACAUCGGCCCCUCACAAAUAUUUUCAACAACCUUGUGAAUGUUGGCUUAGUGGAUGCAAACAAGCGUCUUUCCUGUUUUCAAUAUGAUGUCAAUCUUUUUCUUUGCGACUAUGGAGCUGUACUAAACGAAUUUUAUUAUCAAGUGGCUCUCUCUGAUUUUGCAAAUUAUGGAGAGUACGUACUAGAGAAGCCACUUGGAUUAAGACAAGUUCUUGAGCCCCUAUAUGAGACACAUUUUGACUUGGUGGAUAUUGAAUCUGUUAUCAAUCAACUUAUGAGCCUGAAGGACAUGUUCUCUGAGUACUUUCAAAUAGAGUUCUCAGAAGAAACACUUGUGAGAUUGCCAAUGCUCUUGAAAGGAAUAAAACCUUCCAACAAAAAAAUCCCAUUUUUUGUAUACAGACUUGGAACUAAAGUGGAUUACCUGGACGAAAAGCAGUGUUUUGCUGGAAUUCUUAGACAAUUGGCAUUGUUAUAUGUCCCAGACCGCAUUUCGCGGGGCGACUCGGAAGAAGAGAAACUGCUUGCAAUGAUGGAAGAAGGACAACUUAGCUCCACAUUGGAGCACGUGAUUUAUCCUGAAAUAAGGAAAAGAUUUAUAGCCCCUGAAAAUUUGGUCGAUCAGGUCGUUCAGGUUGCAGACCUUCCUGGCUUGUACAAAGUUUUUGAAAGAUGUUAGACUGCGAAUAAAAGAUGAGCGCACGCACGCGGUUUCCCUUGGAUUUACAACGCUUGCAAUCGUUGCGGAGGCUUAGGUUAAUCAUGAAGUCUAAGACUCAAACAAAUUCAGGCUAAACUUGAAUGUGGCAGAUUGUACAAGUGAGCAGUGUGAUUCAAUAUCGAAGCUAUCUCAAUAGUAUUGCCCAGAACAACCUCAGUGCGCAGGCAAUGACCCUACAAUUGCACCUCGUGCUGUUGGGAGCCAUCCACUCAACAAAUGCAUCAGUUGACUGAUGUUCAUAGCUUGUUAUAAAUAUCUAGUAACGUGAAUGAAUGAUUGUUGC